AUGACUAGUGGGAUUACAGGUGCUGGAGAGCUGUCAAAAUUUUUGCGCUCGAAAACCGUCACUAUUUCAGAUAUCUAUGAUAAGUCGGUCAAGCUGCUAGAAGGAGACAUUAAAGUCCACUUUCCCAACAAAGAUGUGUUCAUACUUGAGCUCAUUGUUGAUAGGUGGAACGAUCAAAGUAAUGUGAAGUUUAAGAAAGAUUGCCGCAUAUGGGAACUCUUCAAUAAGGCAUGGGCGUCAAUCAGCUGCGAUGAACAUCGAAAAAGAAUCUUCAAAAACCUAAGGUUUGUGCCUCACUUAGUCUAUUCGCUUGAACUUAUCGAUUGCGACUUUACAGAAUUUACAGCUCUUUUGAAGGAAAACUUCCAUCUAUUGAACGCAUGUCUUGCGGUGGAGAUGAAUCCUGAUCAGAUGUUCAAGAUAGUCGGAGGAGUCCUCAAUAUAGCUUCCAAGGCACUCAAUGCUAAUUCCGAGGAGCUGAUUGCUGAAACAAUAAACCUUACGCAUAUUCUGAGAAGCCAUGAGCGCUCAUCUAAGACUUCCAGCUCUUUCUGUGACAACCUUUUACAUGGUAUUCUGCGCUACAAUGCAGGCUUUCCUGAAGCCGAAUGCGGGCCGUUCUGCCAUGAGUUUACCACACUUGUUGGCCAGUACGUGUUUAGUCCCGAAUCAAACACUAUUAAGUUACUCACCCAAUUUUUCACUACCCAGAAUGGGGUCCUUACAGAAGAGAUGUUGAUAGUCUUGUUUCGCACAGCGGUGAAGUUCCUCUCGAAAAACUAUUUGGAUCAGCUGGAACAGGUCUUCAGCUUAAUUACGCAAACAAGACCUUCUGUGGCAGCUACAUUACUACAGGAGCUGUGUACUCUGAAAAAGACUCUCUCUCAAAAAUUUCUCGAAAACUUGUUCGAUAGCGUUUUCUCUGAGCUCUAUGGCCCGAAUCAAGACUCUGUUUGGAUCCUGAUCUGUCAAAUUCUCAAACUUGACAUCGAAGUUGGCAUUAUGAACAGUACGAAAAUAAUGGAUGAAAUUGCUAAAAGACAAACCAAUCCAAACAUAACAGCAGUUUGGGAAAGUCUCAUAGACUGCUUCUCGAGCGCCAGAGAGUUUCCAAGAUUUUUACAUCUGUGGGUAAAUUAUGUCAGCGAUCCUAACAAGUCCGACCGGUUUUUAACUGAGAGCGCAUUUACAUCAAGGAUUACAAGUCAAGUCUCUAGCAUGUCUUCCACUCAGCUUCGGGAAUUUAUUACACACCUCCAACAAGUUACCCUGGAAGGUAGUCAUUCAGAAGCUGGUGUUUUGAAAUUACUCAAUGUCAUUAUUGCUGGAUUUUACAGCUUGCCUUACAGCACGCUACCGGAGUUCGAAUUGAUUCUCUUGAAGGCUCUUGAUACCAAAAAAAAGAACAUAAAAGAGUUUUGGACAUUCGCCUACCAUUUCAUGAAUAUAUAUGACGACAUUUUCCCUGAAGAGAAGCUUCAGGAACUUGAAGUCAUGAUUUCUGCCUCUUUGGAGAUGGGAAACUAUUCUAGUGAUCUAUUCUUGGCUGCUUUUAAACUGAGGGAGUUAAAGGAGCUAGAUUUGAAAAUGGUUACAGACAACUUCAUGUCCUUUCUUUCUCAAGCAUCCGGCUCUGAGCAACGGCAGCUUUUGAAAGAUAUUUUGUCCAGAUGGAGCACUCUAGUCAACUCUUAUUUCGACCACGAAAGUUUGCAGAAAAUAGUACGAUUGGUGCUUCAUGAAAACGCGAUAGACCUUCUAGACGACAUAAUGAGGUCCGAUGACUUCUUCGAAGAGGAGCAAAUUAUUCGUACACUAGUGAAUGAAAUGUGUGAGCAGAUACAAAACAAAGACGUUAUUUCUCGUUAUGCCAAAAUACCAAUACAAUGCAUUUCAAAAGCAAGCAGGAUCAAAACCAUAGAUGCUCUUUGCAAGAAAUCAAGCUUCGAAUCUGACGAGCCAGUGCUCUUAACCCAUUUGCUCUCUAACCCAACAUUCAAAUCAGAACUGGAAACAAAUCCUGAUGCUUCACGCAACGUAGUCAAAAACUACAACUUAUUUGAGACUAGUAAUAUCAUGUUUGAAAGGGUCUGCAGUAACCACAUUUCUCAGAUGAAUGACUUAGUAAGCGAAGAGUAUAUUUCCAAGUUGAAGGGCUUCUUGAUGGACAGCUUGUCGAAGGAAUUUGAUCUCGUUUCAUGCAAAAUGGCGCUCAUCUUUUUGAAAGCUACUGGCUUUAAUAAAGAAAUUUGUGGUAAAAUUGAAGACUCUUUGGUGACGGUUUUAGCUGAAAAUGCUUUGAGUCCUCAAAAUCUUAAUCACAGCGAGACCGUAGUUUUGUGGUUGCUUAGGUCUCUCUACGAGAUAUAUCAAAAUACAAGCUCAGAUGGAGCUAGGCAAACCAUUGAAGACUUGACGAAAAAGCUCGCACAAAAAGGUGAUCUCCAAAAUCUUAACAAUGAAAUGAAAUCGGCAGUUUUCUCGCUCUUCUGCUGCGCAUAUGAUGACUUCCCAGAAUACUUGCUUGCUCAUUAUAUUGUUUUGAGAGAAAGUUCGAAUAAUGUUGCGCUGUAUAGUGCAAUUGAGGAACUCAUCAGACGGACGUCUUCCAAUUUUGAUAAGUUCAACGCAAUCUUUGCCGCUGCAGUGCUAUCAUUCCAAAGUAUUGGAGAAAAUACAGCCGACAGCGUUUUGGACAUCUAUGGUCUAAUCAUAUCGAACAUUCACAAAGAGAAUGAAAAUGGAAGAAACCUGUUCGCAAAGUCAGUUUCAGAACUUUUCACUCAAUUGAAGAAAGCCGCUAGGGGAAGCACUAAUGUCGUUCUUGGUACCCUGAAUGUUAUUAGAAACAUACUAUCGCUGAAACCGUGGCUUUUUAGCCAACAUAUUACUGAGAGCCUCUUCCCGCUAUGUCUUGAGGUCAAUCUGCUGCUAAUUGAGCCUGGUUCACCACACAAUGACGAGAUCUUUAUUUCCACCUCCCAGCUUAUCUCCCAUACACUAUUGUACCAUCGUUACAAGUUUUCUGACAGGCACCAUCUCAUAAUAUCGUAUUUGUGCGCUUCGCUUGGGUUGUUUUCAACAAACCUAAACUAUAAUUUAUCUCAGGACUCUGCUCGCGCCUACAGCAGACUGGUCACUAUCUUUUGUGAGCCCACAAGCGGCGCGAGCAACAGCAAAAACAGAGCUUCAUUGAGCUCACAGGUUAGUCAAAUAAAGAGGUCAUUGAGAAAGCACAUUGCAGUGUUUCUAUUGAAAUACAUUAGUCUUGCUGUUAAUUCCUCUUUUUCAAACCCUGUUAAAGAGCAUUUGACCCCUGGUGUCUACUCUGUUUUUGAUAUUUUAUCGCAGGCAGAGCUGACUUUCACCAAUGCUUCUUUAGAUACGCCUGGGAGAAUUUACUUUAGAUCCCUUUACAGCGAGUACAAGAGAACAGGGAAAUGGCACGAAGACUGA